AUGGGAGACGACUUAACCUUCGAGACAUCCUACACUCCCGAAUCACUUCUGUGGAAGCAAUGGUGGCCAUCAAUCCAGCCAGCCCCGUUUGGCUCAUCAGAAAACAAGAGAAGCACGGCAAACAGCAUUUAUACACAGACUGGUCCUGUGGUCGAUAGCUCACUACAUGGCUACAACACUUAUUUGACAGACCAUUGGUAUUAUAUCGGCGAUGAGAUGAAUCACAUGAACCCGGGGAACGGUCUUAAUCCUGUCGUAGAGGAUAUACCCCUAUUUCCAGUUCCUGAACAUGAAAUUUCUAAGGAAUCACCUGGCCAGGGGUAUUGGCACUCACCCUCGACACAAAAGACACCAAAUCGAACGACAAAUUGCUACUCUGGCGAUCUGAAGUCUCGCAAACCCACUAGACAAGCUCCACUGGGUGAUCGAGAUAUCAAUCCACAGGCAACGAAGAAGGGAAAAUAUUCACCUGUUCGCCGCACGAGCCAUACCAGCAGCAACGGCACUCAUCCAGAUCAACAGGGCAACGAUCGCAUGAAAAGAAUUCGGGAACGAAACAGAAUUGCUGCCAAUAAGUUCCGUUUCAACCAGAGGGAAGAACAGCAGGGACUUGAGUCUAGCAAGCAGGACCUAGAGCGUAUCAACAGUGAUCUUUCUACCUGCCUAGCCGAUCUGACAUUCGAGGUGUAUGAGCUUAAGAUGCAACUUCUACAACAGUCGGGAUGUAACUGCACCCUCAUGCAGAACUACCUCAUUCAUGAGUCCGGUCGAUACAUACAAGCAUUAGAAGAGAAAUCACGGCGAGAGGCCUCACAUUGACGGCUGUAGGAUCGAAUGCGGCUCGAGCAAGGAUGACAAUGGG